UCCGGGGCUUUAGCGGGCGCGUCCCGAUCCUGGUCUGGUCUCUGGGGCUCCUCGCUCUCCGCUGCCGGAGGCCCCGGUGACUCUGCUGCCGCCUGUGUUGCCCUGUGACCUCCAGGUCCCUGAAGAUCCGUAGGGAGGAUGUGGGGACACGCCGGAAGCGGGGAGGUGGUACUGUUGACAUUCAUGGAUGUGGCCAUAGAAUUCUCUCUGGAGGAGUGGGAAUGCCUGGACCCUGCUCAGCAGAAUUUGUAUAGGGAUGUGAUGUUAGAGAACUACACAAACCUGGUCUCUGUAGGUCUUGCUGUCUCUAAACCAAACCUGAUCACCUGUCUGGAGCAAAGAAGUGAACCUUCGAAGGUGAGGAAAUACAUUGCAGUAGCCAAAUACCCAGCUGUGUCUUCUCAUUACACCCAAGACCAUUUGCGAUGGAAAAGCCUGAAAGAUUCAUUCCAAAAAGUGCUACUGAGAAAUUAUGAAGGCUCUGGACUUCAUAAUUUAAGCUUAAGGAAAGACUGGGAAAGUGUGGGUGAGUGUAAGGAGCAGAAAGAAUGUCAUAAUGGAUUUAACCAAUUUUCAACAGCUAGCCAUUGCAAAGUCAUCAAAUGUAAUAAGUGUUUGAAAGUCUUCAUUAAAUUAUCAAAACAAAAUAGACAUAAGAUAAGACAUACUAGAAUUCAUACUGGAGAGAAACCCUACAAAUGUGAAGAAUGUGGCAAAGCUUUUAUGCAGCAUUCAACCCUGACCACACAUAAGAAAAUUCAUACUGGAGAGAAACCCUACAAAUGUGAAGAAUGUGGCAAAGCUUUUAUCGGCCGUUCAAACCUGACCAAACAUAAGAGAAUUCAUACUGAAGAGAAACCCUACAAAUGUGAAGAAUGCGGCAAAGCUUUUAAGUGCUCUUCAUACCUUAACAUACAUAAGACAAUUCAUACUGAAAGGAAACCCUACAAAUGUCAGGAAUGUGGCAAAGCUUUUAUCCAGCAUUCAAACCUGGUCAGACAUAAGACAAUUCAUACUGGAGAGAAACCCUACAAAUGUGAACAAUGUGGCAAAGCUUUUAUCCAGCGUUCACACCUGACCACACAUAAGACAAUUCAUACUGGAGAGAAACCCUACAAAUGUGAGGAAUGUGGCAAAGGUUUUAUCCAGCGUUCAAAACUUACCAAACAUAAGACAAUUCAUACUGCAGAGAAACCCUACAAAUGUGAACAAUGUGGCAAAGCUUUUAAGUGGUCUUCAUACCUUAACAUACAUAAGACAAUUCAUACUGGAGAGAAACCCUACAAAUGUGAUGAAUGUGGCAAAGCUUUUGUCGGCCAUUCAAACCUGAGCACACAUAAGAAAAUUCAUUCUGGAGAGAAACCCUACAAAUGUGAGGAAUGUGGCAAAGGUUUUAUCCAGCGUUCAAUCCUGACCACACAUAAGAGAAUUCAUACUGGAGAGAAACCCUACAAAUGUGAAGAAUGUGGCAAAGCUUUUAUCCAUCGUUCAAACCUGACCACACAUAAGAGAAUUCAUACGGGAGAGAAACCCUCCAAAUGUGAAGAAUGUGGCAAAGCUUUUAUGCAGCAUUCAACCCUGACCACACAUAAGAGAAUUCAUACGGGAGAGAAACCCUACAAAUGUGAAGAAUGUGGCAAAGCUUUUAUCCACCGUUCACACCUGACCAGACAUAAGAAAAUUCAUACUGAAGAGAAACCCUACAAAUGUGAAGAAUGUGGCAAAGCUUUUAUCCGCCGUUCACACCUGACCACACAUAAGAGAAUUCAUACUGGAGAGAAACCCUACAAAUGUGAAGAAUGUGGCAAAGCUUUUAUCCAGCGUUCACACCUGACCACACAUAAGACAAUUCAUACUGGAAAGAAACCCCAGAAAUGUGAAUGUUGUGGCAAAGCCUUUACCCAGUGCUCUUACCUUACUAUACAUGACAGAAUUCAUACCUGAGAAAAAUCCUACCAAUGUAAACAAUGUGGCACAUCCUUUAAUAACUGUUCACAUAUUACUUGACAGGAGUCAUACUGGAUAAAAGCAGUAUAAAUGGAAAGGCUGUUGAAACACCUUACACAAAAUAAAAGUCUUAGAGUGCACCAUGUUUAUUGAUACAGGGAAAAAAUUAGAAGUAUAAAGACUGGUGCAAUACAUUUACUUAUAUCGCAGAUCUUAUUUAUCGUACACAGAAUUCAUACUGGAGGGUAAAACCCUAACAGUUGCUUAAAGUAUAUUGAACUUAACAGAGUUUGUACUGGAAAGAAGCCCUACAAAUAAAAUAAAUAUGGAAAAAUAUUUGUUGCAAAAAUAUGGACAUGCUUGAGGCUCUGA